AUGUCGACGAGAUGGUCUCCAAUAAAUAGGAAUAUCAUUAGUAGGUUCCAACAAUUAACUGGUGGUGGAUGCACAAAUAAGUUUGUUAGUUUUAAAAGUGAAAUUGACAGAAAAAUUGCUAAACUUGAUGAAAAGAAACCUAGUGAUUUCUGCCCAAAAUGUUUUGACUUAAGAACAAAAAUAAUUGACAAAGAUACAGAAUUUAAGGCAUGUUCCACUGGACAAUCAAACCAACUCACAUUAAUUGGAAUUUAUGAUAUAAAGGAUUUUAUAGACAAAUGUCCUACAGUACCUGAAUGUAUCCAAAAACUUUCACAACGUAAUAAGAAGCCCGUUGUAAAAAAACAGGGAUCAGAAAGAAAAUGUGUAAAAAAUAGUGAUUGUGAACCAAAAGUAUCAUCAACAGCAUCACAGACAGCUAGACAACCACCGAGAUCAGCUUCAAAAUCCCCUAGUACGAGAAUCACACAAGAGCAAAAACCACAAAAUCUAAGUGGACAACAUGAUAAUAUAGAAAUAUCAAAUGAAGGAGGCCCAGCUCUACAGACUAAACAGAACGUAAGGGAUCCCAGUAAAUCUAGUGAACUUGAAGGUGAAAUAUCUAAAAAUUCAGCUAAUGAUCAAUCGAAUACACAUGUACAAGCAGAAACUAAGACACGAGUUUCAUCUCCAGCUGCACCCGAAGCUAGAGAAACAAAUACACCUCUAACAGAUGAUUCAUCACAAAAGAGCUCUGAUCAACACCCUGAAUCAGGUAAUAUUUCUCAAGUAAGUGAUUUACAUAAAAAAACUGUUCAACAUAAUGUACCCGAUGGUCAGGGUUCAGGUGAUAGUACUCCCCGUGAGCAAACUCCUGUCGGGGAGUCCAUUGGAAACCAAGCUCAUAAUGAUAAAUCUGUCACUACAGGAAUUUCUGAUGGCUCUCCUCUUGUUCAAAUACCUCCUGUUAAUGGAGAAAAAGUUGAUGAAAAAUCUAAUUUGGGCACUGUUAGUAGGGAGGGUACUGAAAAUACAGCUGUUGAGGGUGUAGGUACUCCUAGUGAGGAUAUUCAUAGUUCAGCUUCUAGUGCUAUAACUACUAGCACUAUGGCACGUAAUGGUGAUCCUUUAAUUGAUACACCUCCUGAUGGAAAAGAUGCUAAACAUGCAAUUGCCAAAAGUAAAGGUGAUGAUAAUGAAGUUUCUGGUAGUAAAGCUUCUGAUGGUGAAGGAUCUAACCGUGGUGAUACCCAUACUGAAGGUAACAAAAAUAGAGCUGGUGUUGGUGGAGAUACUGAUAACAAAAAUCUUUGCAUUGGAGUUACUGAUAAUCAAUCAAGUAAUAAUGGCAAUCGUUGUAGUAAUGGACAAGGUAGUGAAUUAAUGGAUAAUAAUACUAAUGCACUAGGCAUAUUUAGUAAUAUAUUUCGUGUAAUGCAAGCCAAUAAAGAAAAUGUCAUAAAUACUUCAAUACCCGUAGGAAUUGUUCUGUUAUUGGGCCUUCUUUUUAAAUACACUCCUUUGUGGAGUUUUCUUACUAAGAGGAAAAGGAAGAAACAAUCGCAUAUGAACGAAAAGCUACAGAGGGUACUACAGCAACCUUCAAGUGGAAGUGAAACAAGAAGUAUCCCAUUUUCAUAUAGUGCUUUCGAGUAUUCAUCAGAGUGACCAUUAUUCAUAU